UCAAGUUGGAACAUACAAAGCAGGAGUAAACACCGCAAUGUGCCGGCCAUGCCCUGCUAAAAGCCAUGCAGACUCAGCGGGAAUGGCAGAAUGUACUUGUAUACCAAACUUCUACCGUGCUCCCAGUGACAGGCCCUCAGACAAGUGUACUGAAACUCCAUCGUCUCCUAGAAACCUUGUUGCAAAGGUGCAUCAGAUGACGUCAGUUGUAACGCUGUCUUGGUCACCGCCACUCAAUCACGGCGGGCGCAAUGAUACGUACUACAACAUUGAGUGCGCACGCUGCCCAUCGGACGUCCGCUUCUCUCCAAGUGAUCGUAAUUUAAAUGUAUUACAAGUCAAUGUAAGCAGACUCGCUUCCUACACUACGUACAUCUUUAACGUGUAUGCACGGAACGGCGUGUCUAAUCAGGCGUCAGUUGUGAGAUUUGAAACUGUCAAUGCUACAACGUUCUCGUCUGGCUUUACACUUCGUUUUUGGGACUUUAAACGUCUGCGAUACAAAACAGAUUCAUUUAAUUUUGAGUUUAUACAGUUGCCGUCUCCUGUUAGAGGAAUAAUAGUCAGGAAGAUCACCUCAACAUCUGUGAAUCUGGAAUGGGAAGUACCAGAGUUUCCCAAUGGAGAGAUUAUAAGUUAUCAGAUUCGUUACUACCGACAAGACCAACCGUUAACAGACGGCAAAUAUCUGACUCAUACGCCGACAUUUGGGAACAUUCAGGAAAAACUGAUUGAAAAUCUCAAACUGCUCAAUCAUAAAUAUAUCUUCCAGGUUCGUGCUCAAACUAAGUCCGGAUUUGGAGCAUUUAGUCAUCCAAUCAGUACAACAUCAACAAACUCGGAUAAUGGUGCUGCAUUUGGAUUAGGGAUGAUUGUUGCAGUGGCUGCAGGGGCGGUGUUCAUUUUGUUGGCAAUUCUUGCUAUUAUUUACUGGUCCGUGAGAAGAAGUUACUCCAAGUUGGAUGAUCGUUUGUAUGCACAGAUACCUCUCUCUGUUCGCUAUUGGAAAGGUAAAGAUCCACUACCAUCAACAGAGGGCAUCAUUUACUCAAACUCAAAUGGUGAAGUUGCUCUUCCACAACUCACGAAGGCGCGAACCUACGUUGAUCCUAGUAUCUAUGGCGACACAGAUCGUGCUUUGAAAGAGUUCACAACUGAGAUAGAGGCAAAUUCAAUCAGGAUCAUUGCAGUCAUUGGAGGGGGUGAAUUUGGCGAUGUGUGCAGUGGUUUCCUUCGCCAGGCAGAUAAUUCAAAUCGUAAGGUUGCUGUGAAAAUGUUAAAACCUGGUGCUUCUGAGCCGGAUCGAAACAACUUCCUUUUAGAAGCGUCCAUCAUGGGACAAUUCCUUCACCCCAAUGUGGUUGAGCUUCUUGGCGUUGUGACAAAAACUCGUCCAGCGAUGAUAAUAACAGAAUUUGUUGCGAAUGGUGCACUUGAUACAUUUCUUCGUGAACAUGAUGGUCAAUUCACAAUGAUCCAACUAAUAGGAAUGCUGAGGUGUAUUGCUUCGGGAAUGAGAUAUUUAUCGGAGAUGAACUAUGUGCACCGUGACCUAGCAGCCAGAAAUAUACUAGUAGACGAGACACUUGACUGCAAGGUCGCUGACUUUGGUUUAUCACGAGAAAAAGAGGAGGGAGCUUAUGAGACAAAGGGUGGAGGUAAAAUUCCAGUGAGAUGGACAUCACCAGAGGCAAUAUCCUACAAGAAAUUUACAUCAGCCUCAGAUGUCUGGAGUUAUGGAAUUGUAAUGUGGGAAGUGGUAUCUUACGGAGAGCGACCGUACUGGAACUGGUCAAAUCAGGAUGUUGUACAAGCCGUGGAGAAGGGCUAUCGUCUUCCACCUCCAAUGGAGUGUCCCCAGGCAACUUACCAGUUGAUGUUGGAUUGCUGGCAGAAGGAUCGACUGCACAGGCCUACAUUUGGAACUCUGGUGUCUACUCUGGAUCGACUUGCCAGAAACCCAAGCAUACUCAUGAACUUGGCAAAAAUUAGAGAAAAUCCCCUAGAUACUGCAAUUCAGGAGAUGAGCAAAUUCCAAAAUGUGGAAGAAUGGUUAGAGAGCAUGAAGAUGUCACGCUAUCGUGACACAUUUGAGCAUGCCGGGUAUGUCAAGCUCCGCGAUAUAGCUCACCUCUCGGCUAAUGACCUGCCUCGUCUUGGGAUCAAUCUCGUUGGUCAUCAGAAAAAGAUCCUUAAAGGAAUACAGAUGAUCCGUGCACGUAUUGAUUCUAGUGGUGAAACCUUUGUAUGAUGUAACAGAGAUGGACUUGUAACGUUGUAGUGGAUGUUAUCUAAAAUUGAUCAAUGAUCAACUAAUGAAAACCUGUCAUCACAGCCUAUACAGUUAUACUGUAGCACUAGGAUGAAAAAAUUAAGAAAAUGGAUAAAGAAAAAGAGAAAAAAUAUAUAAAAUAAAAACUGAAAGAACAAAUAUAGUGAUAAGAGAGCAUUGUGAAUAUGAAACAGAUACCUUGGUGAUACUAGAAGUGAACAGAUAACCUUCUUAAUAUCAUAUGCAAAUUUGUACCAUAUUAGUGACAACCACAUGGUAUAUAUGCAAAUAUAUGCAUAUACCUUCAAUACAGUGUUAUGAGAUCAGCACAUACAGUAGUUAUUCUCUACCAAGUGAUCUAUGUAUGGCUCAAUAUUAAUUAACAUAUUACUAAUUUGCAUAAUGGCAGUCCUAAGUCUCAUGUGAUUCAGUAUCAUUUUUAGCAAUAAAUGUUUCCUGAAAUAAUGUGUAAAAAAGUUAUUAAUAUUCUAGGGAGUGUAAAAUAAAGGUUAUUUACUUCCUCAGAGGUGGUCCCUUUAAUUAAGCAAUCAGGAUUUUUACAUUCAAUAUGUCUGCCAGGAUUAAUGCAGGUACACUCUAACUGAUCACAUGACCACACAAGACUGUUUCUCUAACGAUGCUCAAAUCAGAAAUACUGAUUUGUAUGAAAGAGUACAUUAAAUAUAAAAAACAACCAUUACCAACUUGUAAAAGGGUGAUAACUAUGUCUUUCCUUUGUAUUACUAAUUUGAGUUAAUCUCACUAUUUUAAAGCUCAUGAUGAGAAUAAAAUGUAUAUUUUGUAUUAUUUUUGUUCGCUUUUCCCAAGAAAUGUCUCUUAAAGAAAUGGAUUGGAAUCCUCUUGGAAAAUAAAGAUAUUUUUGAAGACUGUUUUAUGUUUGUGCAGUUGAAAUAAAAUAAUGGUUAUACCUAUCACAGAAAUCAUUAGUAUGUAAAAUAUACAUGAUAUUAUAUAAAACAGAUGUAUAUUUUAAAACAGACAUUGACAUGCAUGAGUAGUUAUACAAGUCCAAUGGCCAAGUAUCAACUGAAGAGUAUUUACUUUAAUCAUAUUUAAAAUGUGCAUGUCUAAAAUUUGCAUAUUAUAAUUUGCAUAUAAUUUUGCAUAUUUUAAAUGUGAAAAUUUUAGAUUUGCAUAUAUUGUAUGGUUUUGAUAUAAUAUAAAAUGUUCAGAUUUUCUUUUUGGAAGGCAUUUGAAAUGUUUAUUCAAUUUUAUUAAGUUUUAACUUGUUUUAACUUCCUUGACUAGAGACAAUUGGUUCAAAAAAAUAAUAUUGAUGGUAUGAUUUUCUAAUGCAUAUUUUAAAUGCAGUUUGAUAUAGGAUUUUAUGUUUGUUGUUUAUAUUUUUUAACUUUUUUUUUAAAAGUUUUUUUUAUCUAUGAUCUGGAAAAACAACAUCUCAAAUUUAAAAACUUUAUAAGAAAAGAAAAUCAAUAAAGUAGAAUAAAGUUGUUUUGUUUUUUUGGGGUUUUUUUCUUCAUUAAUUUCUUAGCUAGAUAUAUCUAGCAUGAAUUAAUCCUUUAUUCACAUUUGUUUGGAACAUUGCUGUAGUUCCACAAGUUGUGGGCUGAUUAUAAAGACUUUCUGAACAGAAAUGGAAAUGUUUUACAAAUAGAAAAUUUACCCUUUUAAAUGUAGUAACGACUGCCUUGUUGAUACACAUAUAAUCGCUAGCAGACUGCAAAGCGAGACUUAACUGUGUCAGCUAGUUUUAUAUUUGACACUUUUAUAUAAAAAAAUCCCAAGCGUGUAAUUCAUCAAAGUUGUUUUAGGUCUAGAUUUCCAAAAAUAGUCAGAAAAAAUCAUGUUAAGAGUUCAAAUGACCCUUUUUGGUGAAGGACAUUUUGUGUGUCAACUGAUGGACUGCUAGUGGUCCGUUGCAAGGAAUAGACAAUUUGUAUCUUUAUAGAUUUGCCAGUCACAGAUAAAUGACAUUUCUCUUUUGCAAGAUUCUACGUUAUCUGUAGGAUAUAAUAUUCUUGCAUUGCUUAGAAUAGUACAGACAAUUAUAAUAAUAUGCUCUGCUGUAACACAUCAGAUCUUUAUUUAGUUUUCAUCAGAUUCCUUAUCAUUUUGAGCUUCCAUAUCCCAGUUGAAUAUAGUCCUACCUCUCCUAUAGAUACUUGAUAGCCUACUUAUUUUUGCUGUGAAAACUAGAUUUAUAUAACGUCUGCAACCGAUAGGGUGUUAAUAUUGACAGGGAAGGUGGCCUCAUUUACUUCCACGACGAUUUUGUAAAAAUGGCUGCAUAUAAAGUUAAUGGGUUGUACCAAAGAGUAUAAAUAGAUCUAUUUAUACUCUUUGGUUGUAUUGACGAAAACAAUGAACAUAUCAAUAGGCUUUAUUGGACCACUUAACAUUACUGAAUUAGUACAUACACAUUUUCUAGUAACUCAACAAACUGCGUAUCAAGACUCGCGUAUGUGCGCAAGUUAUAAGUCCAGUGCUAAUGAAUAGUAGUGUAUGACACAGUUAUAUGCACUCUGAUACGCACAGUAAAGAAUGAGUACUUUAAGGCCUAUAAAUGAACAAAUCAGCCUGUUGUAGUGCCAAUCUUUUACAUUAUUGAGUAGCAUAUUUUUUUUUAGUUUAUUAUAAGUAAUUUUAAUUUACAUUAUGCAUAUUAAAAAAACUGUAUUUGACUUGAUUGUCCUGCACAAUUAUUUAAAGAAACCUUUGAGUUCAAAAUUAUUAUUUAUUUAACAGUUACAUUAAUUUAUAUGAUUAUACAUUGUGUUGUGUAUUUUGUUUUUGAUCUACUAUGUUGUGUGUAUUGAUUUUAAUAAUGUUCGUUGUGUGUUUAAAUCAACUAAAGUUGAAACAAAAAUUUAGAGGCUUCUGUGUAAAAUAUAGAUAUUGUAUUUCUAGAGGAUUUAUUUACAUUAAUGCAAUGCUCUAGCGAACUCCUGUACAUAAGAUAUUAGCCAAAAAUGUUGUAAAAAUUGCAAAUUUACCCGGGGUGAUUAAUAAUCGAUCUAUAUAGAUAUAUUAAUUAAUGGUAUUGAUUAGUUAAUCUAUUAAAAGAAGGUCGAUUUUAAGUAGAAUAACUUACGAACUAGCAAUAUAAUGUGUAGCAUGAUUGGUUGUAAUUAUGGAAAAGGAAAUAAAAAUGCUUGUGUAAAAA